AUGAACACCUCCCAAGCUGGAAGCUUCCUGAUAAUAUUGUUAAGAACACGCAACUUUAUACUUAAUUCUCACUUCACCCUGUUAGUAUCAGUUAAGAACCAGUCUCGACCAGUGCAGACUAUGAACAGCGCGCUAGGGCCAGUUGGUGCUACAACUGUCACCAGCAGCGUUAACUGGGAGCAACAUCCAGCUCUCGCGCGGGCUGCAUCUGUUCCAGCCCAAAGAACCCUCGUCGGCAUUCUGAACAGUCUUGGCCACCGCCGCCUGGAGCGUACUACUAGUGACCCAGCUCCUCCGCCGCCAGCCACCAGCAGAUACAAGACGGAACUUUGCCGACCCUUCGAGGAAGCCGGUGUGUGCAAAUAUGGAGACAAAUGUCAAUUCGCGCACGGGAUUCGUGAGCUACGCAAUCUUCAACGCCACCCUAAAUACAAGACCGAGCUGUGCCGUACCUUCCACUCUGUAGGAUUCUGUCCUUAUGGUCCACGAUGCCACUUCGUCCACAAUGCUGACGAGGCAAGGCCCCGGGAAUCUUCAUCAUCUGGUGGAUCUGUAGCGUCGCUGUCUUCUGGGGGCUCGCUUGCGUCUUACAUGAGUGACGGAUCUCGCUCUCCCAGAUCCCCACACUCUCCGCUGGCACCGCAGUCUCCGUUGACUCCUCAGUCACCCCCAGCCAUGUCUCCGCCGGCAACGGCAUUUGCGUUCCGUCGUGCCCAGUCCCCGGACCCUGAGGAAGAGCGACUCCCGGUAUUCAACCGCUUGUCGUCGGCGUUCGGAGACCUUGUGAUCGCCUAA